GCUUGUGUCUCGUCCGCCAUUACGUUCGCGGUGGAAAGUGUCACAAAUGAGUUGCGGGCUGAGUGAAUUGUCGUAGGCCGAAUUAUUAUUUGAAAUGGACUGUUGUGUGGUGAUUCCUAAGAUGUGGGUGCUGUGAUAUGACUAAUUCUAAUUCGCACGUCAACGGGGCGAGCUUGGAGGACUGUCACACGAACUUCUUCGCCUUGACGGACCUAUGCGGCAUCAAAUGGCGGAGUUAUAGGAUCGAGCAUGAGCUGACGCCGGAUCCGCUGGAGGACCCCGUCAUCUCAUCGUUCACAAAAUGCCUAGCCAGCGACAUUCUGUCCGUGUGGCGGCGCGUGCAGCACGCCAAGGCUCCUCCGGCGCCGCCGCCGCCGCCGUCCAUGGAGCCGGGCGCGCCGCUGCCGCCGCCGCCGCCACCGGCCGCGCCGCCCACCGUCACCACCUACAAGGAGCUGUGGAUCUUCUGGUACGGCGACGAGCCGGAGCUUAGCAACAUCAUCGUGCCGCAGCUCGUCAGCCGCAAGCAAGACGAGGGCACCUGGGAAAGCGGUCUCUCGUACGAGUGCCGCUCUCUGCUCUUCAAGGCGCUACACAAGUUUAUCGAGAGGUGUCUCCUGUCGCGCGGAUUCGUCAAGCUGGGAAAAUGGUUCGCGCAGCCCUGCUCCGGCGUCGACAAAUCCCCAAACAAAGCCAACAGCGCCAACCUGUGCUUCGCCUUCUCGUUUUUCGUGCACGGCGAGAGCACGGUGUGCGCCAGCCUGUCGCUGCGCCAGCACGGGCCGCUGCGGCGGCUGACGCGCGCCCACCUGUCGGCGGCGCACGGCCACGGCGCCGGCCUGCCGGUCGUACUGGCGCCCUACGGCCUGGCCGGCGUGCUGACCGGGCACACGUUCCGGCUCGGCACCCCGGACACCCAGAAGCUGGUGAAGGCGUGGCGCCAGUUCUACCCGAUCGAGGGCCGCGUGGUGGCCAGCCUGCAGACGGGCCGCGAGCCGCACAUGCCCGUCGUCGUGGAGGUGCUUGUCGGUGAUGUGAAGAUGCGCUACUUAACUAGUUACGUGUUGGUGUCGGACGAGCCGUCGGCCGGCGGCGGUGCGGGCGCCGGCUCCGGCGGCAGCGCGCUCCGGCCGCUGGGCGUCUCCACGCACCUGUCCCCGGGCGGCGCGGCCACGCCGCCCGUGUCGCCCUCCUCGGCGGCGGCCGGCGGCGGCGGCGAGGCGUGCUCGCCGUUCGCCGCCUCCAGCCGGCCGCUGCUGGAGAUCGCCGCCGCCGCCGACUCGGAGCUGCUCGCCGAGCCGGUGGCCGUGCGCGCCUGGCGCCAGGCCACCGUCUCCUGCGGCCCGGGCCGCGGCACGCUCACGCUGGGGGUCAGUGCCGCCGGCGACAACAGCCCCGAGUCGCUGGGACAGUGGGAGUUCCAGGACCCCAUCCAGAAGCCCAGCUGCGCGUGCGCCAACUGCAAGCGCAAGGUGCGCCAGAAGCAGCAGUACCUGAAGCGGCAGGAGAAGGAGCGGCCGCCGCGCAUGAAGGCGGGCGUGUGCCACCGGCGCCAGACGCUCUCCGAGGAGCUGUCGCGCACCAUCGACACGGACCUGGUGAGCGGCGUGGCGCGGCUGAACGGCGCGCCGCCGCCGCCGCCGCCGCAGGCCUACUACAAGUCGCAGGUGGCCACGCCGGGCAGCGCGCGGCCGGCACUCACCGACGGCCUGCCGUCCGUCGGACCCAUGGACUCGCCGGCUUCUGUGGGCCCCUCGCCGCUGCCGACGCCGCACUCGCAGCCGGGCCCGCUGGCGGCCGACCACGCCAUGCCCACGCUGUCGCCGCACCCGCCGACGCCCAGCGGCGCCACGCCCAACCCGGUGACGCCGCUGGCCGGCGGCGACGCGGCCGGCGACACCAAGCCGCCGGCCGACCCGGGCAGCGCCGCUACGCCCGUCUACUCGCCCUACCCGAAGCCGGCCUCCGUGGCGCCCAGUCCGCGGCCUGCCGGCGCCUCCGGCCCGGAGCCGGCGGCGGCCGCUGCGGCGCCGGCGGCGGCUGCGGCGGCCACCAGCAGCCCGGCGCGGCAGUCGCUGCUGCGCCGGCCGCAGCUGCCCACCAUCCAGCUGGAGACGGACGUCGACAUGGUGGAUUCGUCCAACCUGUACAACUUCGGCGACGUCGACCUCUGGCUGAGCUGUCCGGUGAAGCGGCCGUCCGAGCUGCGUACCACCUUCCUGCGCCGUAUCAAGGACGAGGUGGAUCGGUCGGAGCGUCUGCUGCACGACGGUGACGGCACGGCGCCGCCCGCCGGACGACCGCCGGCAGGGCUUGACGGACUGCCGCUGUCGCGCGGCACCAAGCGGCCCGCCGACCCGUACGAGUUCGAUGACGACCCCAACGCGCCCGUGCACAUGGACGGACUCAAGUCGGAGGCGGACGAGUCGGCGGCGGCGGCGGGCGGCGGCGCGCCUAAGGUCAAGACCGACAGCCUGUUCACCACACAGGGCCUGCAGCCCAAGCUGGCCGACUUAGAGAACAUGUUCGACGACCACGAGUGGGACGCCGAGGAGCCGGCCGUGCCCACGCCGCCCGGCUCCAACAAGCCCAACGGCGCCGUGACCGCCGAGGACGCGGCCGCCGCCGCCGCUGGCAAGCUGCACGGCAAGACGGUGCUGCCGGCCGCCACCGCCAUGCUCAGCAGCAUCGAGCUGUCGAAAAUCUACCCGACGCCGCCGUCGCACGAGCACAACCACAACCCGAGCGCGUCGCCUGUGUGCCACUACGAGGGCGCGCCGGCCGACGCCGACCCGGCCGCGCUGGCGCUCUUCAAGAUGGAGCGGACGGAGGACGGGCAGCCGCCGCCGCCGGCGCCGGAGCCGAUGGACAUGUCGUACGUGUUCCGGCCGGCGGCGCUCAACAGUUUCGUCAACUCGCCCAAGUACGCGCCGCUGGAGAGCCUGCCCAGCCAGCAGCUGUCGCCCGUCAACCUGCCCAUGGACGCCGUCUACAAGCCCAGCUGGCAGUACGGCCCCGUCCAGCCGGCGCCCGUCGACAAGAUGGCGCUCACCGGGAGGCCGCCGCCGCCGGGCGCCGUGCCGCUCUCGCAGCCGCUGCCGCCGGGCCCGAUGCAGUCGAUGAACCAGAUGGCGCAGACGGGCAUGCUGACGCACCCGCCCGUGUCGGUGGCGCGUCACGGCCUGUCGCCGUUCUCGCCGGCCGCGCACUACGACGGCGGCCCGGCCUCGCUCAAGUCGGGCCCCGGCUCGGUGGGGCCGGCCUCGAUGGGCCCCCACUCGGUGGGCGGGCCGCACUCGGUGGGAGGCGGCGGGUUCGAGCCGCAGUCGCCCGCCUCGGGGCCGGCGGCGCUGGCGGGCCGCGCCGGCACGGUCGACGCCGCCGGCCUGCUGUCGCAGCAGGCGCCCGAGGUGUCGGCGCUGCUCGUCAACGUCAUGCUCGAGGACUCGAUGCUCAACCUGUUCCACGACCACAACUUUGACAGCUGUACAAUGUGCGUGUGCAACGCCGGCGCGAGCCGGGUGGGGAACAUUCGCGGAAAGGAGGCAGGACUCUAUAUUCCGGAUAGUACAAACGCGGACUCUGAGGAGCCCAUCAGCUGCAAGUGUGGCUAUAGCGCUGUGGUGAAUCGCGCGCUGGCCUACCGCAGCGGCCUGUUCCUCGAGGACGAGGUAGAACUGACUGGGGAGCGGCGCGAGGUGCAGUACGAGCGCAGCAAGCCGGCGCUGUUGGCGCCGCUGCGGCCCGGCGAGCGCUGCGAGCCCGACCCGCUGGUGGACGCCGUUCCGCCCGAGCUGCUGCAGCUCAUCCAGGAGCAGUGCCUCACCUCGCCCAGCAUGGCCAACCUGGUGCACCGCACCGCCUUCAAGUACCUGAGCGCGGCCGCCGCCGCCGCCGCCACCGAGGCCGCCGUCAGUGUCCUGGAGCACUCGGACGCGUCGGACGUGGUGCGCUGCGCGGUGGAGAAGCUGCGCGGCGGCACGGGCGCGCCGCCGCCGCCCGGCCAGUCGACCGCCGCCGGCGGCGACAGCAAGCCGCGCGCCGUGAUGCACCGGUGGCCCAACCUGCGCACGGCCGGGCCGCUGUGCAACCAGGACAUUGUGCGCGUGAUGCGCAGCCUGCAGCCGCACCUGCAGGACGCCAUCCAGAAGAAGCGGCAGACGGUGCUCUGGGACUCGACCUACAUCGUGUCCGGGCCGCUCACCUGGAAACAGUUCCACCGGCUCGCCGGAAAAGGCACGGACGACCACUGCACGCCGCAGCCGAUCCCCACGCUACUGGUGGGACACGAGGGCGAGUGGGUGUCGACGUCGCCGUUCUCGCUGCGCCACUGGGACCAGCUGCUGCUGGAGCCGGUCACCGCCGCGCGCGACGUCGCCUACCUGGUCGUCACGCCGGCCGGAGACAACGAGUUCAUCGUGUCGCGCGUGCGCAACUUUUUCCGAGAACUGAGCAGCACGUACGACUCGUGCCAGCUGGGGCGGCACGUGCCCAUCGGCAGCUCGUGUCCCGAGGGCGUGCUACGCAUCAACCGCAACGCGGCCACCAAGCUGGCCAACCUGCACGUGGACGAGUGGUUCAACAACCUGGGCGAGUCGCAGGUGGCCGCCAAACUGAAACUCUACGCGCAGUACUGCCGCCACUACGUGGGCCCGUACCUGCAGACGUCGAUGGAGCGCGGCGCCGAGCGCGAGCGGCCGGCACCGUCGCCGAUGCCGCCUCCUGCCACCCCGGACGCGCCGGCCACGCCCAGGCUGGGAGACGACGACCUGCAGGGCUCGCGGCUGGGUGUGGACGGCGGCGGCGUCAACUACGGUCCGACGCCGGGCGGCACGAGCGCGUCGGCGUCCGCCGAGCUGCCCCAGAUUGUGGUCUACUUCAUCGACCCGUUCACCUACGGACCGCAGCUCUCCGCCUUCGAGCGCUUCAUCAACGUGGCCCUGCUGCGCGCGUACCUGCACAUGCGCUCCACGCUGCCGGAGAACAUGCAGAAAAACAUCACACUCCAGGUGAUCUCUCUGGAGAGCAUCCUGUCGCUGUGGCGUGACCUGGACCAAGCGCAGCAGCGCGAGCGGCUCCGCUCCCUGGCCUUCACCGUCUACUCGCAGUGCAAGCGCACCUUCAACGGCACCAGUUCGGCCAACUCGCUGACUGGGUUCGGCCCGACCGCCUGCGCCGAGCAGCGCCUCAAAGGCAGAGAGGACCAGGUGUCCACGCUGCAGAUGUACAACCCGACGUUCAUGCUGGCGCCGCUGCCGGACGCGCAGAAGGAGGCCGAGGUGCUCAACUCGCCGCGCGACACCACCAGCACGCUGUUCUGCAGCUACUGCCUGUCAGAGGACCAGCGCUGGCUGCUGGCCAGCUGCACCGACGAGCGCGGCGAGAUGCGACAGACGAUCGCCAUCAACAUCCACAUCCCGAACCGGCUGCGGCGGCGCAAAAUCUCCGCCCGCCGCAUCGGCCUGCAGAAGUUGAUGGACUGGCUGCUGCAGAUCAUGGUGCAGUCGGUGCACCCCUGGCGGCUGGUGGUCGGACGGCUCGGACGCAUCGGACACGGAGAGCUCAAAAGCUGGAGCUCGGUGCUGAGUCGCAAGUCGCUGACGCGCUUCUCGAAGCAGCUGCGCGAGAUGUGCCGCCACUGUCAGCACCUGCCGGCGGCCGAGAUGCCCACCAUCCUGUCGGCGUGUCUGGUCUCUCUGGAGCCGGAUACCAGUCACCGGCUCAUGUUCGACCAGUGCACGCCGGAGGACGGCGCCCAGAAGCCCGGCUCGGGCGCGCUCAGCACGCCGCACGACGCCUCCUGCACGCACGUGAUGGUGUUCCCGACGUCGGCCACCACCCAGUGCUCCCAGACGGCCUUCCAGCAGGAGCACAUCAACCCGCUGGGCGCCGAGCUGAUCGCGCCCGACGACCUGCUCGGCGCCAUCGAGGAGGACGGCGAGCUCGACAUCAGCGACAACAUGUUGUUCGACGGCCUCGACUGGGACGAGUCGUUCGGCGGCGGCGACCUGGGCAGCCCCACGGACGACCGGCCGACGGCCUCGCCCGUCCAGCCGGGCCUGGGCCGCCAGCAGGGACCCUUCUCCAACGGCAGCGGACAGAGGGGCGGCGGUGACGAGGAGCAGGAGGAGUUCGGCACCGUGCUACAGCAGCCGCUGGCGCUCGGCUACUUUCCGUCGACGGCCGGCACGGGCCCGAUGCCGGCCUGGUUCUGGUCGGCGGCGCCGCACAUGCGCCACAACACGACCGUGUUCCUCAAGUCAGCGCUGCACCUGCACUGUCAGACGCAGAACACGGACGGCGACGUGCUGCAGCAGCCGUGCCACGUCAAGGUGCACCCGCUCGACUCGAGCACCACCACCGACGUGUUGAGGCACGUGCUGGAGAACUACAACCGGCUGUCGUGGCUGGCGCUGGACCCGGCGACGCAGGACCGGCGCUCCUGCCUGCCGAUCCACAUGCAGCUGCUGGUGCAGCUGUACGCCGCCAUGGCCGCCAUGCUCUAGCCGUGCCCGCCCGCCCACCGUCAGCCGACAGACUAUUUUCGUAUGCGCCGGCCGGCGGCGGCGGCGGAGGCGGCGCGUACCGCGACCGCGCCGUCGCCGCCGCCGCCCGCUCAGUCGGCACGCAAAAUCAAAUAUUUUUACAUUUUUACGACGAACUCCGACUGGGCGCCGGGUUUGUGGCGCCGGCCGGCGUCGACUUGUGGUGUAGCUAUUUAUUUAAUGCGAUGGUGAUGACUGCGUCCGAGUUGUGUGCCUGCCGAGAGCGCGAGAGGGGCCGGCCGGUGCCGGCGGCGCCGCGCCGCCGUACUGUGGAAUAAUGUUUGUGAUACUUAUUGACGCCGGCCGGGGGCCGCUGCGGGGUCGCGGCGCGCCGGGCGCAAUGUUUCCAGUCGCUCUGUGAGUGAGCCGGACCGCGAGGAGGGCGGCGGACGGGGCGCGCGCCGCCCGCGCCGUGUCUGAGCUGUUACCGCGCGCACGCCGCCAUGCCCAUGCAUAAUCGGCGCUGGAUGGCACAGCGCAACGGCCGCCGCGCUGUUUUAGCCUUUUUGUUGAUGGUGACGCUAGGGAAUCUCAGGAGCUCCAAGCUUGGUAUCUGUUCUACCAAACGGUCACUAGCGAAUCAGUAUUUUCGACUGAAACCAGCCCCAUCCUACCGGCCUCAUCCAGAGCCGAGCAAUCGGCCCAGUGUCGGCACGGUUCUCUGUUCAUGACCUGGCUGCCGCGCACAUGUUCACAUGCGCGGACACAAACACAUCAAUACACACAAACGCAUACAAACCAUGUCGGCUCGCCAGCCGCGGGCGGGCGGGGACGAAUAUGCAACGCCCCUGGCGCGGCGCGCGAGGCCGCCGCCCGCAGCGCUCCACCGCCCGCCGACCCCUAGUGGUGUUUUGUAAGACUGUUCCUGUGUAAGUUAAGCUGAAUAAUAUUAAAAUGAAUGGACUUCUAUUGAGACGUAAGGAUAGUUUAUAAAAUUGUUUAUUCCGAGGAGCGGGAACUUUUGGUUCUAGGUUGUACAGUCGGGUCGGCAAUCGUGUCCAGCGUCAUAGUGAAUUAUGUACAGACCUUGGAAGGCUAUAUUGUUUGUUGAUCCUUCUAUGUGACGACCUUUCCAAAGUUGGGCGUCGCUCUGUGCUGGGUCAAUGCCUCGUGCUAACUCUAUUAUGCUCAACGACAAAUUGUGUAAAUAUUGGACCGUUUUAUCCAUCCGUGCACAUGUUACCGGUCUUGUAAAUAAACGACUGACAUGUUCA